AUGCCUCCAAAAGGAAAAGGUGGAGCGAAGAAGGCUCCUGCUAUCGUUAUUGAUGGAGUGGAUACAUCGGAGAUGACUAGAGAGAAACUCGAGCAGUUCACCCUUAGGGUGAAAGCGGAAUUAGACAAGGAAAGGGAAGAGCGAAACUAUUUCCAAUUGGAACGUGACAAGAUUCGCACAUUCUGGGAAAUAACACGGCAGCAGUUGGAGGAGGCGAAAGCGGAACUGAGAAACAGAGAGAGGGCAACGGAAGAAGCUCGAGAGGAGAACGAGGCCCUUCUAGAGACUGAGAAGCAGAAGAUUAAGCAUUUGAAAUACGAACAGCAGGCAGCAGCAGCCGCUCUGCGGGCGGAGAAUCUGGUAGCACUGAAGGCAGCAAAAGAGGAACAUGCAGAGCAAGAGUUGGAGCUAUUAAACGACAAGCGGAAGAUAAGGCAGGAGAUGAGGGAGAAAGUGCUGGCCGCUCAGGAUGAAUUAAGAAGAGCGAAAUUGAUACACGCCGAGGAACUGUCCAAAGCCAGGGACGUUUUUCAGGAAAGAGCGCGUCAAAUAGAAGAUAAGGCAGAAAAGAAACUCCAAGAGACGAAAGCCGAGUUGACAGUAAAGCACAGAACGGAACUAGCGGAAGUAGAAGAGAGGAAGAAUAAGCAACUGUCAGAUUUGAUACAGCAUCACGAGCGAGCUUUUGCCGACUUGAAGAACUAUUAUAACGACAUAACACUUAAUAACUUGGGUCUAAUUAGUAGCAUCAAACAGCAAAUGGAGGAGAUGCAGAAGGUUAAAGAGAGAGCGGAAAAGAUUGCUAAGGACGCAAUAGCAGAAGCGAAGAGUCUGCGGGAGCCAUUAGAGGCUGCGAUAUUGGAUAACAAAGAGCUUAAGCGACAAAUGUCAAAUUACGAUAGGGACAAAGCUGCUUUAGCUGCGAAGACCAAACAGCUGGCAUCGCUGUCCAAGCAGUUCGAAGUGCUCAAAUGGGAGUACGAGGUGCUUCAGGUGCGGUUCGACGGGAUGCAGUCGGAACGGGACGAGCUGAGGGCCAGGUUCUCGAGGGCGGUGCUCGAGGUGCAGCAGAGGGUGUCACUGAAGGCCACGUUGCUGGAGGCGAAGCUGAAGAAUAUGGAGGCUAGGGACUUAGGCCCGAAGGAGAUACACGACUUGUUGAAGCUGAAAGACACCCAGAUAGACGACCUCCAUUACGAGGCGGCGCGGCUACGUAAGGCACACGACGACCUCCUUGCGACAUAUGAGGCCAAGCUUACAAAACUCGGCGUCCCACUUGAAGAGUUAGGGUUCAAACCAUUACGAGCGGUGGCAGUGGCCGGUAUUUCUCCGGUAUUGGGCCAAGGACCGGCUGGAUUGGUAGCCGACGACAAGUUG